CAAGCCAUCUUCACAUUCACACCUCUCUUGUAGAACACAAACAGGAGACACCGGUCUUACCACUACAAUGGCGACAACUACCAUGUCUCUCUCCUCCUCUACCUUUGCUGGAAAGUUAGUGAAGAAUCUGCCAUCGUCCGCACUUUUCGGUGAGGCCCGCAUUACAAUGCGCAAGACUGCAGCAAAGGCUAAGCAGGUCUCCUCUGGUAGCCCAUGGUAUGGCGCCGACCGUGUGCUCUACCUCGGCCCGCUCUCCGGUGAGCCCCCGAGCUACCUAACUGGAGAGUUCCCCGGUGACUAUGGCUGGGACACCGCCGGACUGUCCGCUGACCCCGAGACUUUCGCAAAGAACCGGGAGCUGGAGGUGAUCCACAGUCGCUGGGCUAUGCUUGGGGCACUAGGUUGUGUCUUCCCUGAGCUUCUUGCCCGCAAUGGCAUCAAGUUCGGCGAGGCUGUCUGGUUCAAGGCAGGCUCCCAGAUUUUCAGUGAGGGUGGCCUCGACUACCUGGGUAACCCUAGCCUCGUCCAUGCACAAAGCAUCCUCGCUAUAUGGGCAUGCCAGGUCGUGCUCAUGGGUGCUGUUGAGGGGUACCGUGUUGCCGGUGGCCCACUUGGUGAGAUCAUUGACCCGCUCUACCCAGGUGGCAGCUUCGAUCCUCUCGGUCUGGCUGAUGACCCUGAGGCAUUUGCCGAACUAAAGGUGAAGGAACUAAAAAACGGUCGCCUCGCCAUGUUCUCGAUGUUUGGUUUCUUUGUUCAAGCCAUCAUCACCGGCAAAGGCCCACUAGAAAACCUUGCUGACCACAUCGCUGACCCCGUCAACAACAACGCAUGGGCAUUCGCCACCAACUUCGUCCCAGGCAAGUAACUGAGGUGUCCUGGAGACUAUCCUCACAGUGAACUGUGAUGUUGUGUAGUCUUGUUUGUACAACCACAAUGUAAAUUAAGAGAAUUUUAUGUAAAGUGUGAGAUUUUCCCA